CCUUCAAAGUUUUGAAUUGUAAAACAUAAAAAAAUGGGAAGGAAAAAUCAAAAAACAAAAACAAAAAGGUAUUCAGUUUAUCAACGGAUAGAUUGGUUUCACAGUAGCGCCACCAACCUCUGAUGCGGACAAGGUUAGAACUAAGAGAGGCACUUGCAAUCUGCAGUCAGUCAGUCAGUCGAUAGUAGGCCUUUCUGUUGGUAGCAACAUAGUGAAGACGGUUCAGGCAGUAUUUGUGUAACACAAACUCGCGCCCCCCUCUAGUGGAAAACUGAAUUGAUUCAUAAAAUUAUUCUUUUUUGUGAACUAGAAAAAAGAAAUAUAUGAUAGUUGAAUAUAUUGGAUUGUCACCAACUAAUACUCAUAUUUAUCUAUAUAUUAUGAUUUUUGCACAACAGUGUUAUGUUGUAUGAUAAACGUCAUUGCUGAUCUAACCAAAGUAGUGCGUCAGGUUCAAAUCUUACGCAGAUUGCGUAUCAUAAAAACAAGGUGGUGCAAGAGAGUGGUUAAUUAAAGAAUGAUUUCAAUAUAACCCCCCGGGAUAAUUCCCGUGGAAUUAACUUGAUAACAGAAAUAUGAAAACUUAGGAAUGGCCCAGUCUCCCCCGCCUACCAGCCACAGGCUGGGCGGCAGAUGCUUAAUAACUGCCGACAAUUUGGCGGACACUAAGAAGACCAUGGUGGAGAAUAGAAUUAAAAUGGCGGAGUCUAAAAGUAGAAUGAUAGAUCCCACCACGAGACAGUUUGUUGUAUCUGCUGAAUGGAGUGCCUGUGCUCUGGAUAAGCAAGGUUGCUUGAGUUUAGAACAAAUAUUAAAAAGCUUCUCUGCUCCAAUCUCUGAAGAACACGCCUGGGCAAUUAUUCAUCAGAGUUUGGUUUGCUUAUCCCGUCUCUUGGAGAACCUGGUGUCAAACCCUCUUCUUCAUCUCGUUACCUCAACCUCGGAUAUACUUCUCAGUUCCGAUGGAAGUGUGGACGAGAAAACCUACAGUUUACCAGGAAACGGAAGAAAACGAGCAGUACGAGAAAACAAGAUUGUCGCUGAGCUUGGAGUUGUAAUCUUUAAUGGGUUAGAUUACGGUCUCAAACUAGAUGAGGAGAGACAACUCAGUCCUGCCCUGGAGAAUAUUAUCGACCUAAUGACCUCAGCAGACGAAGGGUUGGAUGAUACCUUUGAUACUGACGAUGAGGGGAUAGAACGAGAUGAAGAUGACGCUAAAGAUAAAUCUGCUGCAUUUACAGAUAAAUCUGGAACCAGUUUAACGCUUAUUAAUCUGUGCAGGAAUCAUCUAGCAUUGCCGACUGAGUCUGAAUCCCACUUUAAGGCUGUUUGCAGAGCUUUGGUAUCUGAAGCUCUAGAAUUAUCAUUUUUCAUGGAGAAGGUUUCCCGGUCUAAACGAGACACAGCUGUAGAUAGUGAACUAGGAGAACUAGAGCUUCAAGACUGGGCCCGACUCUGGGUUCAAGUUAUACACGAGCUCAGGAGUGGAUUAAAACUGAAGAAAACAGAGUAUACUAAAACCCCAAUAGAAUAUGAACUGACUCCCUAUGAGAUAUUGAUGGAUGAUAUUAGAUCACGACGGUACAAACUAAACAAGGUGUUUGUUGAUGGCAGGUUACCCCCAACACUAAAGAAGGAUGCCCAUGAUGUUAUUCUGGAUUUCAUAAGAUCUCGGCCCCCACUGAAACCGGCUGGUGAGAGAAAACUACAGCUUAAACCAAGAAAACAAUCUACUCCAGUUGAACUUCUUAUGGAGUCUAUUAGGUCUGAUCAGAGCAGAACAAGACUAAGAAAGACAGCAGGGCCGACUCUUCGACCUAUAGAAUGUACCAGAUUAGAAAGCAGUCGAUGUAAUUUUCAGGAUUGGGAGCCGAGUCCAUUAUCAAACAGGCGUGUGAUUCAACCUGACCAGGAUCUGAUGGACAGCCUUCUCAACUUUAGUGAAGACGAGGAUGAAGAGGAUGACGAUGAUGAGAGUGACGAUGGAAAUGAAGAACGAGAGAAAAAGAAGAAUUGGCACACAAAACUUCUAAAGGGAGAGAAUAUGGGGAACGAUGAGGUCGCCUUGGAUUUAAUUCUUCAUGGACCUUCCCUUCUAAACCAGGAGAGGAGACACAGUGUAUCUGUUUGUGAGACUCCAACUCGUUCAACUACCAGUACACGGAAACUUGGUCCUGGUAAACAGUUCUCUCUAGAUUUGAGGAAGAAGGAUAGAAAACCUGGAGUCCGGAAACAGCGAAUCCAAGUAGACCUGGAGCUAAACUCUCCUCAUUCCGUCCUGUCUAGUAGUUCGACAUCGCUGGAUUCUAAUGUGGACCCUGGGAAUGAUGAAGAGGAAGAAAAUGAAGAAAAUGCUGAGAAGAUUAGUAUUGAUGAAAAUCCAGUUUACAACAUCAAUACGGACACAAUGCACGCCAAGCUACACUCGGAGUUUAUCAAAUCAGAACACUGGGUUUCAGCUUUACAGACCAUAGAACUCAGUUUAGAAGAAGUUGUUCAUAUAAGGUCUGUGCUGAGUAGAGCAGAACUUGAAGCUAUUCCUCUAGAUAACAAUCUCAAGGAGGAUGUAGUGAAGGGAAAGCUCUGCUUUCUGUGCAUGAGAACUAGGUUUUCUCUCCUGGUCUGGGGAGUUCGUUGUCAGCUCUGCUCGCAACAAGUUUGCUCCAGGUGCUCCAACAAAAUGAGGAUUCCAUUGGAGCACUUCUCAUCCGUCCCAGCCUUUGCUCUUUCUCCACAUACACCGGUACUUUCGCCUGAACCUCAACAGGAUGGAGUUUCAAGCUCAACUCCAGACAUACCAUUUUUCCCUGGUGGAGGAAGUGCUGGCUCCGCCCCAACCUCCCCGAACCCUAGACGGAGAAGCCAAGAAGCCUCAAGGGAGGGUGCUAGAAGUUCAUUUGCCGGACCAAUUUCCCUUCCUAUGUUUACAAGUCAAGGACCUACAAAAAUCAGUGCUAGAUUUGGAGAAUUAAAAAGAGUUUUGUCUCGUGAGGAUACAAGGAGUAGACGGGAAAGUAUUGAGGGUACACUGCUGACAGUAUGUACGGAUUGUAAGGAGAUGGUUCUACAGGUUGUCAGAUCUCAGAAAACUGCACAGAGAUUGCAGAUGGCAAAAUCUCUAUAUCUUCAACUCAGCCCUGGGUAUAAACAAGAGAUAUACUAAGAUACAGGAUUUAAGAGAUACAGGAUGCAGUGAAGAGAAAAUAAGAUGCACUAUACUUUGAAGAGAUUAAUGGGAUACAGGAUACAAUGAGCAAAUCACAAGAUACAGGAUACAAUGAAUAGCCUUCAUGUGAAUAUGAAUGGUUCCGAUAAUAUACAGGAAGUGAAAGAAACUGAAACAAAGCGUGAUAUGGAAUGCGUUCUAAGCAGUACAUGUCAGUAACCAUUGUGAAUUGUGAACUUUUAAAAACAAAAACAUGAUCUUUGACCCAUCUGAACCCAUUGUGUAUCCGUCUUCCAAAUCUUUUCUUAAAGUUUUAUUAUUUUACCCUCCUUCAAAUAUGAUAAAGUGUGUACUCAAAAGGUCGAAAUAUUAAAGUUUUCUAUAAAUGGUUUAAAAUUUAAAUUCUCUUAUAUUUUUAUUACUACGGGUUUUAUAAGUUGGGAUCAUCUUUGUUUUUGAUUUCUCUGGAUAUCUGCUAAAUUCUGUGAUAGUUCUUCUAAAUAAGUCUGCAAGCUGUAAAAGACUAAAUACACAGAUUACGCGCACAGAUAGGACAAACGUUUAAAUCUAUUUUCGUUUUAGCACAUACGUUUAUUCUUACCUUACCAUUCUAAUCUGUAUCAAGUAACCUUUAUCUUGGUUUCUUAAUUUCAAUUGACUGGAUUCUAAACUAGGUUACUUUGCAUUAUUUUUACUAAACUUUUCCUCUCUCUCUCUUUUGUCCUAUCUGUGUUUAUAUUGUUUAAGAUUCUCAAUCAUUUACGCAUUUUAAAUGCGUAGCGUGGAAAAGAGCGAGAAUGGUUGCAAAAUACUUUAAGAACAAAUCACCCGUAUGUAGACAGAAUUAAAAAGCAGCCCAAAUUAAUUUUGAAAAAAGUUCCAAUUCAGUCCAAAUCUUUUAAUUUGAUUUUGCCUUAUUAUAAAGAUUCUGUUU